UUGGAACCAGACAGAACAAACCCUUGUUUCAUCAGAGGCACCAGAAGAAGGGAGCAAUGACUAUCCUACAAUCUUCACGCUGUCUUCUACUGCUAUCCAUACUCCUCAAUGCCGCCUUUCCCUCUGCUCUGGCCGGCAAGGUCCUUGUUUUUCCUGUGGACGGCAGCCACUGGGUCAACAUGAAUAUACUGAUCGAGGUCCUUCACUCCAGUGGUCACGAGGUCACCGUGGUGCGAACCGACAGCAGCUGGUAUGUCAAGGAGCAUUCGCCGCACUACAAAUCCAUAACGGUGACCCUACCGGAGCCAAUAAACAUAGAGAAACAAGACUUCAUCAUCUCCUUCUUGAGCAAAAUGCUCGAGAUACAGAAACACGGAGGAUCGCCGAUUGCAUUCGUGCAGUUCUACUGGCAGAUGUUGAAGACUCUCUAUGGCAUGCAUUGGCAAGCAAGUCAGCUGGUUGUGGAAAUUUUCGAAAACCCGGCGUUGAUGAAGCAGCUCUACGCAGAACGUUACGACUUAGUUCUCAUCGAUCCAGGUCUGCCUGCAGGAGUUCUGGUGGCUCAUAAACUCAAAUUACCAAUGGUUUACAACGUGAGAUGGAUCACGAGUGGAGAAGGGCAUUUUGUUGCCGCGCCUUCUCCGGUUUCGUACGUCCCAGCAGCGUUAAGUCGCUUGCCGAACCGCAUGUCAUUUGGAGACAGGCUCAAGAACAUCUUCCACUCUGUGUUGAACACAUGCAUAGACCAAUUUAUUGUGAGACCGGAAUAUGACAAACUCGUCGCGCGCUAUUUCGGACCCGAAACCGAUUUCUUCCACUUGCUGCAAGGCGCGGAUAUUUGGCUCAUGAGGUCGGAUUUCGUCUUCGAGUUCCCGCGUCCAACCAUGCCGAACAUCGUCUACAUCGGAGGCUUCCAAUGCAGACCCUCCAAGCCCUUACCGCCGGACCUGGAAGAGUUCGUGCAGGGUUCAGGAGAACACGGGGUGGUUGUGAUGUCGCUUGGGACGCUCGUGAAAGGCCUUCCUAGUGAAAUCACGUCUCAAAUCGCUGCCGGGUUCGCUCAGCUGCCUCAGCGAGUCAUCUGGAGGCACUUAGGAGAGCGUCCUCAUAAUCUGGGCAACAACACUCUUCUGCUUAAGUGGCUUCCGCAGAACGACCUGCUCGGUCACCCUAAAACACGUGCGUUUGUCGCUCACGGUGGAACGAACGGCAUUUACGAGUCUAUCUAUCAUGGUGUUCCUGUGAUUGGGAUUCCUUUGCUUUUCGACCAGUUUGACAAUAUGCUGAGGCUCAAGGUGCGAGGGGCCGCCAAGGUUCUUGACGUCACCAAAAUGGACAGCCAGAGCUUCUCGGCGGCAGUGAAGGAGGUUUUACAUCAGCCGUCGUACAGGGACAACAUGCUGCGGCUGUCUAGGCUACACAAAGACCAGCCUCUUCAGCCGCAAGACAGCGCCCUCUUUUGGAUAGAAUACGUCAUGAGGCAUAAGGGUGCUGCUCAUUUGCGUACAGACUCUUAUAAGAUGCCGUGGUACUCUUAUCACUCUUUAGAUGUGAUGGGAUUUUUGCUAGCAGUGGUGCUGGCGGUAGGAGGAGCUGUGGUUCUAAUAGUACGCUGUUUGUGUUUUAGACUGUGCAGGAGACAGAAAUCAAAACACGAGUGAUGCACUGUACAUAAUAAAUUAUAUUUAGUAACGCUCUCUAUGAAGCUUGUAUUUGUACUGCAUUAUAGGUGCAUUCUUAAGGCAGGGCACAUCAGAUGAAUACGCUAAAAAAUAUUAAUUAAUAGUACCAUCAUAAGAAUUAAGUACAUUAACAUAAAUGAUUGAAAACACUUUUUUUAUUUUUAUUACAAGUUUUCUGGAAUGAAAUAUGCAAAGAUGACAUUUUUAUACACUACUUAAUCUAAACAAUGGAUAAAGCCUUGUGUAUUUUGGAUAUUUUCUUUCCACUAUAGUCUAAUAAAUCACUUUAUGAAAAGCAAAAGAGCACAAAAUUCUAAAAUUGAUCAAUGCAUGAAAAAAUAUGCUUUUAAUGCCUAGUCUUAUUUUAAUGCAUGCAUAAUUGCUCACUAAAUUAACGUUAAUAAUGAUGAAUAAUAAUCAUAACAACAGUUGUAAUACUGUAUAUUUGUGGUUAUACCCUUUAAGAGUAUGAUGCUGUAUAAUACAAUGAACGCCAUGUUAUAUUAGCUUAUAAUUGAUUAUAAU